AUGACUGAAGAACCGCGGCUGGGCUCUAUCCAGCAGCGAAUCGCUGCUCUCAAGCAGUCUCAGGCGGCGCAGUCAUCGAAUGGCCCUGAGCCGCCUCCAUUCCUGCGCCCGCCCACCGAGCGAAGCAAAUCGGCCAACAUUCCUCCAUCUUACGCUGUGACCGGUUCAGUCAUAGACAAUGCCUCCAUUGGAAAUGAACCUGCAAGUAUACAGACACAAAGAUCGGCCCCACGGCCACCUCCAGCACUGUCGCCGAAGCCAGAGUUGAAACCCAAAAAGGCCCCGCCGCCAGUGCCUACGCGCCGAUCAGAUCGCCCGCCUCCCCCUCCUCCACCUGUACGCUCAGAAUCACCAGCUCGACCAGAGCCUCCAUCGCGAUCGCAACUUCCAGCGCGACAGGAAUCCCGUCCCAAUUUGCCCCCGCGUCGGCCUACACAGCUAUCCCACCGACCGUCGCAGGAAUCUGUCUUAUCGGACGCGUCUCACUCGACAACCGCUACCAGCGUUGGGCGCGGCGCUUCGACGACAUCCCUCAACUCCAACGGGAACGGCCGCAUUAAAGCUCCGGCAUGGGGUGAGACAGUCCUGCCCGUGCUUCCUCCUAGGCGGCCAAGGGAAGACCCUAUUGAUCUGACACCGGCUCCGCGCUCUGAGUCCAAGUUUAGUAAAAGUGGAUUGACGGGGAAGCUAUCUGCUCUGCGAGGGAAGAUCCCUGGGUCUUCAUCUUCCUCCACCUCCACUUCUACGUCGUCUCGUCCCAGUGUGCCUUCACGACCAUCGGCGAGAGAUCCAUCGCCUGCCGGUCCUCGACUUCCCCCGCGCCGGCCGUCUGGGGUAGAGACACAAUCCAAUGACACAUAUGGGGAAGCAGACGAAGAGGAAGUGAGGCCCAGUCUGCCAGCCCGGCGACUGCCGCCACCUUCAGCCGUGAAUAAUCUUCCAGAUCCUCGACAACUAGGGCUUGGCGGAUUGAAUAAGAGCCCAGGUAUUCCUCUGAGGCCGAGGAGCACACCGACGGGAAAUGGUGCCAGUAGAGUACCUCCACCAGUGCCAACCGGAUCCCGUCCAGAUCUCGCAAAACUGAAUGCAACCAAGCCGCGCUUUAAUAGUUCCACCUCUGGGGCUACUGCGCCUGUCGGGAUUACUAGCACGGAAUGUCUGGUAUGCCGAGACUUCUCUGGUCCAGAUGCUCGUGCAGCGCAGUAUCCCCGCGAAUCACUCCCGACUCACGAUUUGGGCUGGUUGGCAAAUGAGCUGACUGCUCCCUUCCCAUCCUUGACGGACAAGGCAAGAGUAAUCUUCACAUGGCUGCACCACAACAUCAAAUACGACGUGGUGGCCUUCUUUAAUAAUGCCGUGAAGCCGUCCACGCCAGGGAGCACUUUAGCUAGCGGCUUAGCUGUGUGUGAAGGUUAUGCUGCGCUAUUCGCAAUUCUGGCGACAAAGGCUGGACUCGAAGCCAUCGUGAUAGGAGGCCAUGGCAAAGGGUACGGCCACACACCUCUCGCCCCUGGCCAACCCGUCCCGCCGUACGAUGCGGGCCAUGCCUGGAAUGCAGUCAAGAUUGACGGUGGCCAAUGGAAGCUGAUAGAUCCGUGCUGGGGAGCCGGAGCCGUCAACGGCCCUGGACAGCCGUACAUUCAGCGCUUCGAGCCACACAUGUUCACCAUCUCGAACGAAGAAUUCGGCUUAAAACAUUUCCCUGGCAACAAGGAUCACUUCUUCCGCAGCGAUGGACGACUGAUCACCUGGGAAGAAUAUAUUACUACAGACCCGGACUCGCCAACCGGUCUCAAACCUAUCCAGAUCUACUCAGACGCCGACAAAUAUACCAUCGGUCGCAAGACCCUUUACCCAGCCGGCGGUAACAUCUCCAUCUAUAACACCCCAGGCCCAGUCCGCUUCCAAUUCGGUCUACGCUGUGAGCACUGGACCCUUGCUCGACACAGUCGCCAAAAACCCGGUCUCUUCCUCCUCAUGAUCCACGGUGUCGACGGUCGCGAAGAAGAUCGCCGCGUUUUCCAGCACGUCCCGGGGUCUGGGCCCGGCGGAGGCGGCGAGAUGUGGUACGUCGACGUCGCAGAUGCCCGUGAAUUGGGUGCACCGGGUCAGAAGGUGCAACUUGCUGUGUUGACGACCCUUGGUGAGCGUCAUGAUUGUCGAGGUGUUACUGCCCAGGAAUAUCAAUCGCAGGUCGGCCGGGUGGGGAUGUCUUGGGCGUAUAUUGCAGAGUGGACUUUGGAACGGUGA